UAAAGGACAUAUACAUGCCAUGUCUUGUCCCUAAGGGUCCAACGUUGUACAUGUUCAAUGCCAUUGCUGUUAGCAGACUGCACGGCUUUGCCAUCCUUAAUGAGCCGAUAUACCACAACAGUUUACGGCCUUUCUACAUGACGUACGAGGCACCUACAGAGGCUGUCAUUGGAGAGCAAAUUGGUAUACGCGUGGUCCUCUUCAAUUACCAGAACUACUUGGUUCAGGCUGAACUUCGAGUGCUUGGAUCUGAAGACUACAGGUUUGUGCAAGUCGGACCUCUGGGUCGAGUCGGCUCGUACAGCCCCGUCACCACCAAGGGUGAAAUGCAGCAUGUGGUUUACAUCCAGCCUUUCAACCACAUCACCAUACACGUUCCGAUUGUAUCAGUGAAGAUUGGAAAGGUUGAUGUGGGCAUUGUGGCCAAGACACAAAUAGCCCACGAAGAGGAUACUAUUACCAUCAACUUUCUCCCCGACGGCGUGCCACUGCGUAUGCACACGUCCCUGCUGAUGGACCUAAGAGCGCAGGCGUACAACAUCAAGUUCCUCGAUCUCAAUGUUACCGAGGACCCUAUCAUCCCCUUUGAGAGCCAGUAUCGGCGCUACCUCUUCGGAUCACCUGCCGCAGACGUAUCGGUCAUAGGAGACAUUGUCGGAACACCCCUAGACGGAGACGUGGAACCAGAGGAAUUCGGAUUCUCAGUGGCCACGAAAUCGGGCGAGCAUGCCAUGUUCAGUUUCGCCUAUCAAGUUAUCCGACUCACUUAUUUGCGUCUCACUGACCAGCUGACUCGUGACAUCGCAAAGCCUAUCUUCGAGAAACUGAACAAAGCCUACGUUUAUCAGAGUUCCUACUUCAAGAACGGUGCGUUCACCAUGUUCAAGAAGGAGCCCAGUGUUUGGCUGACAGCCUUCAGCUUGCGGAUGUACAUGCUGGCAGUGUUCCCGGAUUGGGAGCACGACAUCUACAUAGACCCGCGGCUCAUCACGCAAGGGGUCCACUUCCUGCUCAAGCACCAGGAUACCAACGGCGCUUUUUACGAAACCACACGGUACCCGUGGAACCGCAGGAUGAGAUCAGAGGCGCACAACAAGGACAAGAACAUCACCUUGACCGCCCAAGUUGUUCUCACUCUCUCAAAGAUUUCCGAUCUCACUGGAGGCACUCGUGAGCGGGCCAAUACAGCCAAGCGAGACGCAGUGCGCUAUCUGGAGACACAACUGGCUCAAGUGAGAGACCCGUACACCGUAGCCCUGACAACGUACGCCCUCUUCGAGGCUGGUUCCAGCGAAGCGCAGUUCGGCUACAACCUGCUCCACUCCUUGAAGAGAGACGCCGAGGGAGCCAUCUACUGGAGCAGCGUGCCCAUUCCGCCACCCGUGAUCGUGAUCCAGAGCCAGCGGCCGUACCUGAUUCCCCGGAUGCCGCACCCGGAGGACUCGUCUGCCGUAGAGGCCACGGCGUACGCCUUGCAAUCCUACCUCAAGCAGGGUGGCGUCUUCCAGGAUCAGAUUGUCCGCUGGCUGAACCGGAUGCGUUCCACCGACUACGGCUUCAUCGGCACGCAGGACACGCUCGCGGCUCUGGAGGCCCUGACGCAGUACUCAUUCCGAACGCAUGUCCGAGGCAUUACAGAGAUGAAACUAACCGUGGAAUCUUCAUCAAACCCAGGAUAUCCCAGCACGUUGCGGAUAUCCAAAGACGACUUGGCGCGCAGAAAAGUAUUCGAUGUCCAACCCAAUGUUUGGGGUCACUGUGAUGUUCUGGCUCAGGGAUCGGGCCUGUCCCUGAUACAACUAGACGUGACUUACAACGUCGAUCGUGACUUCUUGUUAGUUCCUCCUGCCUACGAGGCUUUUGACUUGACGUUGGAGCCGAGGUUUUCGGGGAGGAACAGGUCACACAUCAACAUCCGCAGCUGUGUAAGGUGGACAUUGACCAACAUGAGUGCGGAGAGUGGAGCAGCUGUACUGGAGUUAGUCAUUCCUACGGGUUACGCUAACUACAGGCCGCAUUUGGACAACUACGUCAAGUCGGGCGAAGUCCCCCGACUAAGCAUGGCCAAAGUGCUUCCCAGGACUGCAGUGUUUAUGUUUGAACACCUUACAAGUGAAUGGACCUGCGUCAACUUCCUCAUCCAGCGGUGGUAUCCUGUUGCUAACUCGACGCGGUACCUGAAAGCCAAGGUGUACGAGUACAAUUUUCCAGAAAACUACAAGGAGAAAAUAUGGGAAAACUACGACCUCUACGUGCUGAGCAUCUGCGAAGUGUGUGGUUCCUACCAGUGCCCAUACUACCCGCACUUCAGCGGUGCCAGCGUUCCCGCACUGAGCUGGACACUGCUAAUCGUGGCUGUGGUUCUCCUGGGCCAGGAACUUUGCUGCGCUAGAAGGAACUGCUGAUGAGUGUGUGAAUCUCCACAAUGCGUGCGUGUAAGCGAGAGUGAUUGCAGCACCGUCUUAAGACCUGGACUUAGUACACGCAUGGUGUACUGCGGCGAAUUUUAUUUUAAAGCAUACAUUUGUUCGGCGUGGUUUGACUGGGUGGACGCGGAAGGUGGUGAGCGUGUUCGAAACGGCGCCAAUCGUUGAGCGCUAAGGCACUGGCGUUUGGCGCACUUUCUGCGCAAAAAGUGGGCGGCGCAUUGGUUGUUCCGAAUGUUUGUGGCUUAACAAGUACUGCUUUGUUGCUUGAGGAUGCGCCUGGCUACAUAACACUGUAAAUUCAUUGAACCUCGGUGCGAUAUUUUCAAGCACGGAAAGCUUGUCGCGUACCGCGAAUGGUAACUCACGUGAAGAAGACAAAAUACAGUGCCAUGUGAUAUUAAUUAUAGCUUACAUGUACAAACGGUGCAGCGAAAUAUGUUACACACAAUUGUUUCAGAAGACAAGUUACAGCACCCACUUGUGGGCUCAUUCAAAUUUUGUCAUGGAGAUAUUUUUACACGUUUCUUUUAGCGCACGGCAUGAAGCGAUACUUUUCAGCUAGCGUCACAGUGCAUACUGAGGUAGACGUCGUUCAUAGAGUUGUCAUUAAGACAUUAACAUUUUUCAGCGUUAACUCACAAAUCAGUGGUCAGAUAACGUGUAAUAAGCUGAAAAGUUGAAGAUGCUUUAAGUGGUUAUAUAACCGAGAGAAGAAAACAGUCGGCUUCAUAAUAUCGCAUGCAUUCCAAUGCGAAUGUAUUGUCUUAAGAGCCGUAUGACGUGUUUUUUUUUUAAUUACUAUUGCAAGCAUCAUGUAUGAAAGCAUAUAGAACCCACUUAUCACGCUCACAAUACAGCAUCUUUGUAACGAGCCCGAUACUAACAAGGAGUGUGGACAUAACGAUGAUAAUGCAAAAGAGUUAUUUCUACACAACUUAUAAUGUCGAUAACACAUCAAUGUACAAAAGUGCCCGAAAGGUCCUGUAUUUGAAAUGUAGUUCGUAGGCUACCUAACGCGAGUACUGGCUAAUCGUGGUGGUGAGCAUGUUAUUAGCUAAAGCAGUUGGCAAAAUGGGUCCUCAAGAAGGAAGAGCUUCGUGAAUUCGAACCGAUAGAGCAAACACUAACGGUGAUAAGCGAAACACUAGUAGUUCACGUCAAGUAUGCUAUUGCGUGACGUGCACGGUGCCAGCUGAUUAGCAUCAGUGAGUGAGACUUGCGCGUUGAUAUUUUCUGCCGAUCUUGGUGCACAAGCGCGUGAGCCCUGGUUUACAUAAUCAUUAGCGUGCAACAGCUGUUUGCAAGAACAGACUCCGUCCUACUGCUAAUGACCUAUACUAUUUGAUGUUACAGUAUUAGCAAAUGUGUAUUGUAAUAUCUAGGCUAAUACUGCAACGUGUAAAAUAUGGUAAUAGUGUGAUACGGCAAAGAAUUUAGGUCUUUAGGUCUGAAAAAAAUUAAUCGAAUUCAGGUGUGCACGACCACAAUGUGGCGUGAAAGAAGGCAGAUAAUGACCAUUAGUUAUUGACCCUGUCAAUAGGUCAAUAGCGCGUGCUCAUUUCAUCAAUAGGUGGCAUGCGUGAUGAGCAUGCCAUCUAUCAUGCUAUUUGGGGUUAUUUUUAUCGCUGUGCCACGAGAUGACAGCCUCAUUACUAAUUUGUGCUGCUGGCCAUUCCUCGCAAAACAACGUGGACAGCCUUCAUUGCUUUCAAACUUAAUGUAUAGCGGAGUGUGCGAGUUCUGCAAAGCGUGACCUACAUACACAAAGAGCCCUGGUGGAUACAUGAGAAAAGUAGAGUAUAUCGCUGAAUGACUGAUGGACAGUGAGCGCCAAAUUGUGCGGGCCACGCGAAUAGCUGCUGGCGGAUAUGCUGCAAGACACCAGAGCAAAAACGUGUCGACUGUUGUAAAAAGCCUAACGAAGAGAUAUCGAUCAUGAAGUCUGAAUCGUACUAACAGAGUGGCCGGCUGUGGCCUGUACGCCAGCAUCCGUAGGUACUACGUCGCGGUAGCGGCUAGGUUUCGCAUAUGCUUGUCGUAUAGCGCAUCUAGUAUAUGCGGCAUGACCAUGCGUGAUCUCAUUUCGGCGUCAGCCUGAGCUUUUCUUGCGAAAGAUGGGGCCAAAUCUUCCGACUGAACACUCCAGACAAGUGUGAUUCAGACUGUACGGACUUUGUAUUGAAAAAACUCUGGCAGUCGAAGCAUCGAUGUCAUUUGUAACAAAGUUUAAAUAACUGGUUUCGCAUCUAGGUCAGCAACCUUCAGGAACUUUAUUUUUUUUUUCUUGUGCAGCCUGGUUUAUAGGUUUAGUGAUUUCAAAUAAACAAGCGAAUAUUACUUAUGUUGAACGCUUAUUGCUGCUCUUGAACUUCAUCAUCCUUUAUUAAGCGGAAAGACUGUGAUGCCUUUGUUGAAUACUUAGCUAAAAAUAUUCGAGUGAAAUACAGGGUUCGUAACAUGUCAGGCAUUUCGAAUGUGUAACAGCCCGUGUCUAGCAAUUCUUAAUUUAUAACUUAAGUCAUGUUUCUCCUUAAAUGUCCUGGAAAUUUACUUGCUUAGAGACGUAGCAGCGCAAGGCGCAGGUACAAACUUGGUGUCGUCUUUUCCUCUACAGCAAAAGAGCAGAACGUUUGCCCCACUUGCUUGAAACCUGUUAGCACAUACAAAUCAAAUGCGCACUAUUUAAACUGUAUAGUUAAACUAGUAGUACUUGUCCCGUACUAGUAUUAUAGAAACUAAUAUACAGACGAACUCGCAGCACCGCGUGAGCUGAUCAUAUUCAAACAGUACAAGGUAAUAAUUCAAACGUGCCACACCACGGCGUCACUGUCAGGUUGUGAUCUAGCCUCUGGCCGGGCUGUUUAGCGUGAUGAAAAAAAAAGAAAAAAACGCGAUGACAUUGCGGAUGGCAUUGUGUAUGAGCCUAUUGAUGCGUGUGUCUUUUGGUUGUGCAUAGCAUAAAUAUUAAUAGUCCAAUAUGCGAAACUGCUCAUACGCAAUAUCGCUUCGUGAACUGGCUGGUUCCCGAGCUAUCGCGUGGUUGGUGGGCGUCGGCUAACACCGAAUCGAUCUCACGUAGCUUCGUGAACCGUGCCUCAAAUUCUCAGGCUGUUUCGUUUGGCUUUGUGUUGUUGUUAUCUUUGGGGCAGUAAUUGUUAAUUAGCAUUAGCCACCACUGUUAGUUAUUUCCUUGUCCAAGAUGACUAAUGGACUGCGUUUAUUUAAGUUAUUCCUCAUACGUAUGCAAAGAGCUUUACGCAGUGCAUACAUAAAACCUGUAACAUUACGCAGAAGUGGUAAAUCUUCAUUGUUUGUCUAUACGGCGUAAAUAGAAGAAAGAAAACAAGUUGCCUUGCCUGAUGCGGUGCCCAAUCUGUAUCAUAAUAAAUGCGCUAGUAAAUAAACAGUGCGUUUUUUUAGUACGUCAAAUGCGACCGCAGCAAUGAUAUGGCUGGCGCGCUCAUUGUUAGCGAAUGUCACACACGAGGUGCUAAUGAUAGCCCAAAACACUAAAGGUUGAACCUGCGUGCAACGUGGGAAUCCAGAAGAUGAAUUUAGUGCAAUUUAUGUGCCUUGCCGCAAAGCUAUUUUCUUGUUAUUGUUUGGUCCGGUGACUUUUUUGUGAAUGUUUUAUCACAUUUGCUGAGUGAAAUCAGCUACGAGGAGACCAAAGUGUACAAAUAUUUGCAGUUACCCUGCACAAUGAAUACUGAGGGGUUUAAAAAAAAUAUAUACGCGUAAGGACAAGUACAAUGAAAAACAAAAAAGUGUAUUCGUAAAGAAAGGGGGAGCGGGAAGGCUGCUCGCCUCUUCGCAAAGGCGUAAAGCAUAUAUCGCGGGACAGCUAUAGUGCUAUAGGCACCGCUGUCGAAAUGCAUCACAGACGUACACCUGUACGAUAAACGUGUGGUUUAGACAGCAAUAAAUCGAAAGUAGACACUGGCGAAAAUGCACAGUGGACUUUUAUGAAUGACCGCAUUUUUUGCGCAUGAGACGGUCUUAUGAAUCUAACAAAAACAAAGAUGAAAACGUCACUUCAAAUGCCCCCUCAGUAUUUCGUUGCGUACAGGAAGUUUCAGAUAUUUGCACACUCUUGCCUGUUUGUACACAUAUUGUGCAGUGUAAAGAAAAAUGUGUGUCGGUGUGUGGUGUUUUGCAUUUUAUUCUACGGCAAUUUCUUGGAGUGAGUGCGGACUUUGAACACGGUUGGUGUUUUGCCAUUUUGUCAUGCAGCAUUACGUCAGAUUAUCGUUGUUUAGAACGAGGGAGAGCGCGAAGUAGUCGUACAUAGUGAUGGCCAUACUACGUCUUAACGUCGUGCAAAUUGCAUAGCUUAACAGCACACAAAUUUGUGACUGAAGCUCAUGCGAGCAAAUAUUAUUUCUGAUGGAGAAAAUAAUAUGCCCAAAUAUGCAGCCCAGAGAUUAGGCGAAAACAGAAGAGCGGGUAAUUAAGCUCCAGACCUCGCCAUACGUCCCAAAUCUUUUAAUUAACUCACAACUGCAAAAUUUAUUCUCUGGGUAACUUAAAGUUGAGCCUUCGUCCACUGGUGCGAGUGUUGAAGCGGGUGUUAGUCCAGAUGCCAAUGCAUAGACUCUCCGAAGAAAAAUUUCAAUUCAAAGCAUACUGCCUUCGGUUAUUGUUUUACUUUAGUUAGCCACUGUGUUGUAUUCUGGUUUCAGUCAAAUGAGACUAACUAUCAUUUGUUUUGUGCGCUGCCCAUGUUCACUGCAUGUGCAUUAGAGAACUUUAUUUGUCUCUAUAGAUUAUGUAUCUCACCACGAAUCUAUAUCACUGCCACAGCUGCACCAUGAAAUGAAUGUGUUGUUUGCUGCCAAGUGUGUCUGGAAACUACAACUUGCGAACCUUCGUAUCCAUACACAUUGGUUCUCGUUGCUACGUGUACAUGCGUGUUUUGCAUUCUUGAAAAAGGUCAGCCACUGAUGAAAUGUGUGAUGUCAAGGAUAUUACGUGCACCUGAAGACGAGGGUUUGCAUUUUCUUCUGGCCCCUGUAGGCCGACAUCGCGUGUAGAAAACUUGCACAAAUUAUGUAUGAUGUACAGAUGCAAUACAACAAACAAGAGUUUUUUUUUAUCCUGGAA